UACUGCAGUCAUAUUAUAGUCGGCUAUAUAAACAAGCUCCCUCUGACACAGACGUAUAUCAACCACAGGUGGUUAUCAGUCAGACUGAGUCAGGCGGUACAGUCAAGAUGAAGUUGCUGCUUGUUGUUGCUGCUGUUUUGGCUGUAUCCAGCUGUGCCAGCAUCUCUCUGGAAGAUCUGGAGUUUCAUGCCUGGAAACUCAAGUUUGAAAAGUCAUAUGACUCUGAGUCAGAGGAGGCUCACCGGAAACAAAUCUGGCUCAACAACCGCAAACUUGUUGUAGUGCACAACAUCUUGGCAGACCAGGGUUUGAAGUCCUACCGCCUUGGGAUGACCCACUUUGCUGACAUGGAAAAUGAAGAGUACAAAAGGCUGGUUUCCCGGGGCUGCCUUGGCUCCUUCAAUACUUCUCUGCAUCACCGUGGCUCUACCUUCCUUCGGCUACCUGAAGGUACUCAUCUACCUGACACUGUUGACUGGAGGGAUAAGGGAUAUGUCACCGAUGUCCAGAAUCAGAUGCAGUGUGGCUCCUGCUGGGCCUUCAGUGCAAUUGGUGCACUGGAGGGUCAGAACUUCAGGAAGACAGGAAAGCUGGUGUCUCUGAGUAAGCAGCAGUUGGUCGACUGCUCUCAGAGCUUUGGCAACAUGGGCUGCAAUGGAGGCUGGAUGGACUGGGCCUUCAAGUACAUCCAAGCAACUGGAGGAAUUGACACUGAGGCAUCCUACCCUUAUGAGGCCAAGGAAGGAAAUUGCCAUUACAACCCUGAAACUGUUGGUGCCACGUGUACCGGCUAUGUUGAUGUAAGUCCGAAUGAAGAUGCUCUGAAGGAGGCUGUGGCCACCAUUGGACCGAUAUCUAUUGCCAUGGAUGCUUCUCACGAGUCGUUUCAGUUCUACCAAUCAGGAGUGUAUGAUGAGCCUUCAUGUAUAACCUCAUGGUUCAGCCAUGCUAUGCUGGCUGUGGGUUAUGGUACAGAAAAUGGACAUGACUACUGGCUGGUCAAGAACAGCUUCGGCCUUGGAUGGGGAGAGAAAGGAUACAUAAAGAUGAGCAGGAACAAAUCCAACCAGUGUGGGAUUGCUUCUAAAGCAAGCUACCCUCUGGUCUGAAGAGGUGGGAAGAAGCCUAUCCUCAUUUUUUUCUUCUGAUUUGACAGAAAUUUAUUUCAGUGUUUUUAACUGGGUUAUGUAACUAAAAAUCAUUUUAUUUGUGGUGUUAAGAAGCUCUCUUUUCCUGCA